GCUCGGCCGGCGGCGUGCGUGCCCCGGCGGCCCGCGGCGCUCACCAGCAGCAUGCUCUAUUUCCAGAUGGUGAUCAUGGCAGGGACGGUGAUGCUGGCUUACUACUUCGAGUACACCGACACGUUCUCCGUGAACGUGCAGGGCUUCUUCUGCCACGACAGCGCCUACCGCAAGCCCUACCCGGGCCCGGAGGACAGCAGCGCCGUGCCCCCCGUGCUCCUCUACUCGCUGGCCGCCGGGGUCCCCGCGCUCGUGAUAAUAGUUGGAGAAACAGCUGUGUUUUGCCUACAACUUGCCACGAGAGAUUUUGAAAAUCAGGAGAAAACUAUUUUAACUGGAGACUGUUGCUAUAUAAACCCACUGGUGCGUCGUACUGUCCGAUUUCUAGGAAUUUAUACAUUUGGACUGUUUGCUACAGAUAUCUUUGUAAAUGCUGGACAAGUCGUUACAGGAAAUCUGGCUCCACAUUUUCUUGCCCUGUGUAAGCCCAACUAUACAGCGCUUGGGUGCCAGCAGUACACACAGUUCAUCAGUGGGGAAGAGGCUUGCACGGGGAAUCCAGAUCUCAUCAUGAGAGCGAGGAAAACCUUCCCCUCCAAAGAAGCGGCUCUCAGCGUCUAUGCCGCCAUGUAUCUGGCAAUGUAUAUUACCAACACAAUCAAAGCCAAAGGAACCAGACUUGCUAAGCCAGUUCUAUGCUUGGGAUUAAUGUGUUUAGCCUUUCUUACCGGACUCAACAGAGUAGCAGAAUAUCGAAAUCAUUGGUCAGAUGUGAUAGCAGGCUUUCUGGUUGGAAUAUCUAUAGCAGUAUUUCUGGUGGUGUGUGUGGUAAAUAAUUUCAAAGGAAGACAACCAGAAAACGAACACAUACACAUGGAUAAUCUGGCCCAGAUGCCAAUGAUCAGCAUUCCUCGAGUAGAAAGUCCUUUGGAAAAGAACCACAUCACCGCCUUCGCGGAGGUCACAUGAUAUUGAAGCAGAUGAGUUUUCCCUGCAUUGGACAUCAUCUCUUUUUACCAUCCAUUCAUAACACCCAAAGUUUGUUUGAUUUUAAAAGGAGUUUAUAAGGUUGUCUAAUAAUUUUUAUAGUUAUAAAAUUAAUGUCAGUGUAUCUGUUUUCCCCCACUAGACUGUGAGCUCCUCGAGGGCAGGACUGUGUCUUUCUUUUCUGUAUCCCCAGCACCUACAACAAAACCUAGCACAAAGUAGGUGUUCAAUAAAAUGAGAAGAUCACAUGAACAAACUGACUCCUAAACAAAAUGUUCACCCUAGUUUUUCAAAAAUUUCUGAGAUUAUGUAUAAACAAAACCUGGACAUGAGUCAUAUUUGUAUUAGAAAACCAAUAUUUGGGGCUAAACUUCUUAAUUUUUCAUAUUAUCUGUUCAGCAGCAUAUCAUAUUUAAUUUGAAGUGGACUUUGGAAGUCAUGGGGGUUUAUAUUUUGUUAUUCAGCAUGACAUUAUUCCCAUUCUAACAGAUUUCAGUAUGUGAAAUUGCUGUCCUAUACUACUAAAAUAAUGUUUGCACAUUAUAUUAUGCUAUAUGUCACCUAAAUUACCAUUCAUACUCUACAUUCUAAGACUGGUGCUUCUGCUUUUGAAGGGGAAAAUGCCAAUUUUUACUGUAAUAAGUAAUGUAUCAUAAUUAAAAAUUAUUUAUU